UGUUGUAUAUAGCCUGACCAAUAUUUAACGGCUAUGCAAGGGAAAAGGAAGAAACGGAUUGUUGGGAAGAUAAUAUGGGGGCCAAGGAAAGGACAUUUAAAAGAAAACGGGACGGCACCAGGAUGGAUGAGCCAACCCAGUGUGUACCAUGCCCUUAUUGUGAUAUUUUUAGAAUUCUUUGCCUGGGGUCUGCUGACGUCGCCCAUGAUUAUGGUCCUGAACGAGACUUUUCCAAAUCAUACCCUCCUACUUAAUGGGUUAAUAACAGGUGUUAAGGGAAUGUUAUCCUUCCUGAGUGCCCCUCUGAUUGGAGCAUUAUCAGAUGUAUGGGGCAGGAAGACAUUUCUGCUCCUAACAGUGUCCUUUACCUGUGCCCCGAUCCCUCUAAUGAAGAUAAGCCCAAUGUGGUACUUUGCCAUGAUUUCUAUAUCGGGGAUAUUUUCUGUGACGUUCAGUGUCGUGUUUGCCUAUGUGGCAGAUGUUACAACAGAAGAAGACAGAGGACAGGCCUAUGGUCUGGUGUCAGCUACGUUUGCUGCUAGCCUGGUAACCAGUCCUGCCUUAGGGUCAUACCUGGAACAAGCCUACAGCGAAAACUUGGUUGUGUGGCUGGCCACAGCUGUAGCUUUACUGGACAUCUUUUUUAUCUUAGUAGCUGUGCCAGAAUCCUUGCCAGAGAAACUUAGGCCAGCCAGUUGGGGCUCCCAGAUCUCCUGGGACAAGGCAGACCCUUUUGGGGCGCUGAAGAAGAUUGGACAGGAUCAGCUCAUAUUGUUACUAUGUGUAGCUGUGUUCUUGUCCUAUCUUCCCGAGGCUGGAGAAUAUUCCUGUUUCUUUGUCUAUCUUAGACUGAGAAUGGGUUUCUCGGCUGAAACUGUUGCUUCCUUUAUAGCAUUAGUGGGAGUCCUGUCUGUUAUUGCUCAAACCUUGAUAUUGACUGUUUUAAUGAAGUAUCUUGGUCAUAAAGGAGCCAUUAUGUUUGGGCUGGUGUUUGAGAUCAUACAGUUGGCCUGCUAUGGUUUUGGAUCUCAGGACUGGAUUAUGUGGGUGGCUGGCUGUAUGGCAGCCAUGUCCAGUGUAACCUAUCCAGCCAUUAGUGCAUUUGCUUCAUCACAUUCUUCUGCAGACCAACAAGGUGUGGCCCAAGGUAUUAUCACUGGUAUACGAGGAUUAUGUAAUGGCUUUGGUCCGGCCAUGUUUGGCUUCAUUUUCUACCUGUUCCAAGUGGACCUAAAGGAUCCUCCGCCCACUAAUGCCACGGCAGUCAAUUCAGAAGAGAGUUUGAUCCCUGGUCCUCCAUUUGCAUUUGGAACCAUCCUAGUCAUAAUGGCAUUGCUUGUAGCUAUAUUUGUACCGGAGAGUCCACACAGCUCCGUAGGGAAGGGCAGCUCUCGACAUGCAUCUUCAACUGUUGAAACUUUUAAUCAAGAAUCAGACUAUUUCCUGUCCAGCAGAGGAAGUCAUCGAAGUAUCGAGAAUGAGCCUUUGAUUAAUGAGUCGGAACAGGAGGUGUAACACCAGUAGAUAUUAGGUCUUCUUCACCAGUGACUUAUCUAAACUCCUCUGAUACCUGUACCAUGGUGGUAUAGACUGCUAACCAGGUGCUGCGAUUUCAUUAUGGUACAGAAAGAAUUCAGUUCUUGUUGAAAUGUGAUAAAUCUUUCUGGAAUUCACCGAGUAAGGGAUAUGUUCAUGAGCAGACCAUUUUAGAAAGAGUUUUUUGUGGAGGAAAACAUCAGAGGUGUUCAUUGUGAAAAAUUUUCAUCCCAAUUUUAAGUCUUCAACGGCUUCAUCUAUUGUGAAUUUAUAAACAUGUUUACCACUGUGCUUGUAGAUCUGUUAAAAAAAAAGACUAUUUGCACAAAUACUGUUGUAUUGGCAAGUGUUCCCUCUGUGUUCUGCUUAUUACGGAUGCUUGGUCCCACAUUCUUCUGCGACAGUGUUACACCAUGUAACACGGUUUCCUGUGGUACAUGCCUUAUGGAUUCUAGAGCUGAGCCGAGUUAUUGAAGAGACAAUAACAUUGCUAUGUGUGUUCUGUGCCAAGACCUCCAAAUUGCAUCUUCCUGUUUAAAAUAUGUACAUUUACUAGUGAUAUCGAAACAUUGGUAUUUGAAAUUGGAUUUAAGUAAAAAUUCUGUCUUAAAUUUGUGAACUCCAUUUAUGCUUUAAAAGAGAGAAUUUUUAUUUAAUUUCAACUUUCAGUAUCUUGCAGAUACAGAUGUAUAUGUAUGUUAGAUAUGUAGUUGUUGUGUUUUAUUGAGUGAUGUAAACAUUUGUAAUAAAUUUCCACAUUGUUGGAUAUUCAAAGAGGAUUUUCCAUAAUGGUUGGAUAUUCAAAGAGGAUUUUCCAUAAUGGUUGGAUAUUCAAAGAGGAUUUUCCAUAAUGGUUUAAAAAACAAUUGAACAUGAUUAUGGUUGAAAAUUUUAAAGACUGUUUUAAUAGGGGGAAAUUCACUGAUUAAAAAAGAUAGGACCAUAUAUUCCACAAGGCUAGGGUAUGCAGUUCAUGCAGGAUAUCACAGAAUAUGCCAGCUGUUAUUUAUUUGUAGUCACAGUCUUUAAAAAUAAUCUUAGUUAGCACUAGCAUGAAACCUAUGCCCCCUUUUGCUAUUUUUAGGGUUAAAGUUACUAAAUGGUUAGAUUUUUAUUUUAUCACUAAAAAAAAACAUUAUCACAUUUAUAUCCUUAAGAAAUUGUGCACUUUCAGUUGAUUAUGAUAUUUAAACGUUUUCAUUACCAUUUUAUCUAAAACCUCAAAGAAAUUGAAAUAAAAAUAGAACGACACAACACUAAUUUUUAACAUUAUCCUACAGAGAGUGUAAACAAUGUCUUUGCACCUGAUCAAAACAGCAAAUGGCAGUAGAUACAACAGCGAGGGUCAACAAAUCUUGAUCAGUUUUUCUCAAAAAGUGCUUUAAUUUUGUGAAUACCCGGUAGUCUUAUUUCAAGUAUUAUAACACUUGCCCGAAAUCAAACACACAGAAAAAAAUAUGUAAUGUAAUUAUUAAGUCCUUUUAAGGGAAAAAACCCCAAAUGGAAUGAUUUAACUGAUGUGUAUUUACUGGUAGGUAAAACUAAUACAGAUAUAUACAAUGUAUGUAUUUAAAUGAUAAACUUGAAAGUUGUGUAUUGUUACUUGUCUCACAAACAGGUACAUCUCUAAAGCAAAUCUCAUGACUGUUAAUGUACAUAAUAAAAAGAUUGUGCCAUUGACUGACGGUUGCCUGUAGAAGAAUUGUGAUAAUCUGUUGAAAUAUUGAUGUCCACAAUCAUCUACCAGUAAAUCCAUGUGUGUUUGAUUCAGUUUUUAAAAUCUUGUUUUUAGUUUAUUUGUAUUCUCAUCAAAAGUGAUUCACUUUGGAUCUUUUUACUUACCUCAUUUAUAUAUACAUUACUUUGUUAAGCACAGGAAGAGAUUGUCAAACAGAUAAUGUAUCCCGAGACUAUCUACAUGUAUGUACACAUAACUUAAUACAAUUUUCUAAAAUACUAUUUAAAUUUAAUUUAGAUUUUGAUGAACUCCAUAAAAGUACCUUUUUGAGAAGUGUCCCAAAUGGUUAUAUUCAUGAUUGAAUAUAUUAUCAUUCAAAUGAAAUAUUACAAAUGAGCAGAUUGUAUAAUGAAGAAAAUAAAAGAAUCUUAAAUUUCAAGGUAGGGUAGACAGGUAUCAUUAAAAUAUGCAGAGAGUGUCUGUAUAGAAAGAGUGGGUGUGUCUGUAUAGAGAGAAUGGGCAUAUCUGUAUAGAGAGAGUGAGUGUGUCUGUAUAGAGAGAAUGGGUGUGUCUGUAUAGAGAGAAUUGGCAUGUCUAUAAAGAGAGUGGGUGUGUCAAAUAAGAGAGAGUGGCUAUGUUGAUAUGAGGAGAGUGGGCGUGUCUGUAUAGGGAGAAUGGGUGUGUCUGUAUAGAAAGAGUGGGUGUGUCUGUAUAAAGAGAAUGGCGUGUCUGAAUAAAAAGAGUGGGUGUGUCUGUAUAGAAUGAGUGGGCGUGUCUUUACAGAGAGAGUGGGCAUGUCUGUAUAGAGAGAGUGGGUGUGUCUAUAUAGAGAGAGUGGGUGUCUGUAUCGAAUGAGUGGGCAUGUCUAUAUAGAGAGAUUCGGCUCUAUGUAUUGAGAGAUUGGGCGUUUCUGUAUAGAGGGAUUGUGUGUGUCUGUAUAGAGAGAUAGGGUAUGUCUAUAUAGAGAGAAUUAACGUAUUUGUAUCAAUUGGGUAUGUCUGUAGUCUUUAUAGAGAGUUGUGUAUCUAUGGAGGUGAUCAGUGUAUAUCUGUAUAGGAGGGUUUGUGUUUCUGUAUAUAGAGGCUUGGGUAUAGUGGACUGGGCAUGUCCUUGUGUUGAUGAGAAGGUAUGUGAGACA